AUUUUCAGCCGUUUAGCAUAAGUGGUCGAUUUCUAAAAAUUUGCAGUCGCAUUCUGUUCUUUGUUCCUAUCCCUCAGAAGUGGCUAUUAAAUUUUAUUCGUCUCUGACAUUUAACAGGACAUAAAUAUUUCGGAGUUGAGGUGACAAACGAAAAUGUGCCCCUCAAAUUUGUUCUCGAAAGAUUUCUCAGCAUCACAGGACGUCUGAAAAUUUUGUGGGCAGAUUAUUGUUCAAGUUACAAUGGCUGCACAAGUUUGGAAUCGAAAUGAGAAUGAAUCAGGCGGAAGGCAAGACGACCAAGUGACCCUAAUUGUUAAACAUCUUCCGGAGGCUUUGCCCGAGGAAACCCUGAUGCGAUUGUUUUCUUAUUACGGCGCUUCUGCUGUGCGUCCUUGUGUUGCAGGACGGCUCAAGAAUUCUGCGUUUAUUGACUUCGAAAAUGAAGCCACAGCUUCUCGGGCAAAAUCGCAGUUGAACAGGCUGAGAUUUCUUGGAAAGAUUUUAUCAGUGGAAAGAGCGGAACCCCUGAACAGUGUAGGUAGAAAAGAGGGAGAAGCUGAGAAGCAAGAUCCUCCCUUGUCAAAGGAGAAUCAACAAUUAACAGGAGAUGGCCCUAAAUUUGUUGGCGAACCCAUUGCUCCAACUCUUGGUAUUGAUUAUCCUUUUCCACCUCAUCUUGAGUAUGCAUAUCCUCCCCCAGAUGGAAAUAUACUCACAAAUAUUGUAAAUGCCCUUAUUGCCGUUCCGCGUUUCUACACACAGGUUUUGCAUUUAAUGAACAAAAUGAACUUGCCAGCUCCGUUCCGUCCGGCACUACCCACACCGCCAUUGCCUACACCACCAUUGUCCACACAGCCGUUGUCCACUUCUUCUUUUCCGAAUCGUAGUCUUGGAGAUUUAUCAAGUGAGGAAUCUGAACUAGAGUCAUCAGAAGAGGAAUGCUUCAAUGAUGGAAAAACCCUUACUGGUUCUGUUGAGUUAGAUAAGAGACAGUCUGGAGCAAAGCCCACUUCUGUUUUGCGAAAGGAGUUAGUUCCUGUAAAGAAAAAAAGACCUGUUUUACAGAUAAAGAUCAAGGCCACUCCCAGCGGACAGCCAUGUGAUAGUAGUACGAAGGAAAAUAAAGAUGUUGAAGACACCGAAAUGGAGAUCGGGGGAGAUGAGGAGGCUGCCACAACUCGGUUGUUUGCAACGCCUGCUGAAUUAGAGGCUGGCAAGCUGCCUCUAACUGAGCUCCUUGUCCUUCCAAUGUUCAAGAAUUAUAGUCCUGGAAAUCCAUCUCCUGUUUUGUAUAUUAAGAAUUUGGCAAAAGAUGUAGUUGUGGAUGACUUCUCCUUUGUAUUUGGGUCCCUUUUUGGAAGUUUGGAGGAAGCCAAAUCCAGACUUGGGAUAAAGUUAAUGCAUGAGGGUCGAAUGAAGCACCAAGCAUUUGUAACAUUCCCAUCCACAGAACUUGCACGUUUUGCUUUCGAAAUGGUACAGGGAUUUGUGUUAAAAGGAAAGGCAAUGAUAAUCCAGUUUGGGAGAUCUCAUUCUGCCGGCAAGGCAACUUGAUUAGUGGAAAGUUCAGGGACGAAAUCUUUUAGUUUCUCUAUCAAUCAUAUCAGUGGAGGAGCUGGCUAAUCUGAUAAAAAAAGAUCGAACAAAUGGAUAGAAACUCCACACAGUUGCUCGGAGUACUGGAUGCAAACCUGCACAUCGAGGAUUUUCAAUUAUGCAUACAAUGCAAUCAGAUAUGCCAUUAUUAAUGCUGUCUAUUACUUUACUUGAAUUGUAAUGUUUUGUAGGCAAUCAGUCAUACAAAUUCCUUAUUCCUUAAAAUGUGAGUUCCAUGGGAAUUCAAGGAGUACCAGGAUUAGUCUUCCUGCAGCUGUUCUUUUGCUUGAUUCAUUGGCUUUAAUAAAAGCUCUACAGAUUUUCCAAGCACAUGUUUUGGUUUUAGUUUUUGAACCUAUUACUGUUGAUUCCAUACCUACUUAUGGUUGGUUGCCAAUGUAGUCAUCAUUGAGCCAGCAUGUAUGAAUAUUUGACAUAAAACCCUUAAAGAUAAUGCCCAACUUGGGGACUGGAAGAGCAAACUUGAAGAAGACAUGAAAGCAAUCCAAUAGCAGGAUAACAAGAGUAAUGUAUCAGAGGUUCUUGCAGCAAACUAUGUUGAAUGCAAUAAUUUGGAUAACAUUUGCUUUGGUUACACAAAUUUCAAUGUUUCUUAGUAGUAAUACUCUAUUUGUAUCUAGAGUCCCUUGGCAAAAUUUAAAACUUUGAGUAAGAUAUAA